CGCCAUCUCCGGGCGCCCGGCUGGGGGGGCCGCUGGGUGUGGGGCGGCUCCGGGGCCGGGGAUGGCGGCGUCCUCGGUGGCGGCGGCUCCGGGACAAGCGGGAGGAGUCCAGGGAGCUCCGUGAAAUGGGCCGGCUUACAAGCCAGAGGAGGGGACACGUAUUACAACUGUUCAGAAGUACCACCAGAAGCUCAGAUGUGGGCACCCCAGCCAUCAGCAGAGAAAGGUACAGGAAAGCCACAGAGAAGUUCCUUCUGAUGCCCCAAGGAGCAAGCAAACCCCAUCCAGGCUCCAGGAACACCACAAAGCAAUAUGAAACCUGUUCAUGAGAGGAGUCAGGAAUGCCUUCCACCAAAGAAACGAGACCUCCCUGUGACCAGCGAGGAUAUGGGGAGAACUACGAGCUGCUCCACAAACCACACACCUUCCAGUGAUGCCUCUGAAUGGUCCCGAGGGGUCGUGGUGGCUGGGCAGAGCCAGACAGGAGCCAGAGUCAGCCUUGGGGGUGAUGGAACUGAGGCCAUCGCUGGUCUGACAGUAGAUCAGUAUGGCAUGCUGUAUAAGGUGGCUGUACCACCUGCCACCUUUUCACCAACUGGCCUCCCAUCUGUUGUGAACAUGAGCCCCUUACCCCCCACGUUUAAUGUAGCGUCUUCACUGAUUCAACAUCCAGGAAUCCACUAUCCCCCAGUCCACUAUGCUCAGCUCCCGUCCACCUCACUGCAGUUUAUUGGGCCUCCUUAUAGCCUUCCGUAUGCUGUGCCACCUAAUUUCCUGCCUAGUCCCCUCCUUUCUCCUUCUGCCAACAUUGCUACUACUCACCUUCCACAUUUUGUGCCAUAUGCCUCACUCCUAGCAGAAGAAGCUACUCCUUCCCCCCAGGCUGCAUCCCCGGCCCAGCCAUUUAACAAAUCCUCUUCUGCCGCCUCCCCACCCGGCCAGUUGCCACAUCACUCGAAUACUCAACCACUGGAUCUUGCUCCAGGCCGGAUGCCCAUUUAUUAUCAAAUGUCUAGGCUACCUGCUGGAUAUACCUUGCAUGAAACUCCAACAGCAGGUGCCAGCCCCGUUCUUACCCCUCAGGAGGGCCAGUCUGCUUUGGAAGCAGCUGCUGCCAAUGGACAGAGACAGCGAGAGCGAAAUGUAAUAAGACGAGAAAGUGAAGCCCUUGAUUCCACCAGCAGCAAGGGUGAAGGCCAAGGACUGGUGCCGGUGGUAGAAUGCAUGGUGGAUGGACAGUUUUCAGGUUCUCAGACUCCACGAGUGGAGGUGGCGGCGUCAGCACACCGAGGGACCCCAGACACCGACCUUGAAGUCCAGCGGGUAGUUGGCACUUUAGCUUCUCAGGACUAUCGUGUGGUGGCAGCUCAGAGGAAAGAUGAACCCAGCCCUCUUAACCUAUCCCAUCAUACCCUUGACCAUCAGGGUGAUGGACGAGGGUCAGCCAGGAAUCCUACAGAACUGGUGGAGAAAAAUCAGGCCCGUGUAUUCUACCCUCAGUCCCAUCAGGAACCAGUAAAACACAGACCUUUACCCAAAGCAGUGGUUGUAGCCAAUGGCAACCUGGUGCCCACUGGAACUGACCCUAGCCUGCUGCCUGUGGGCUCUGAGAUCCUGGUGGCAUCAAGUCUGGACAUGCAGGCCAGAGCCACCUUUCCAGACAAGGAGCCAACACCACCUCCUGUUACCUCCUCCCACUUGCCCUCCCAUUUCAUGAAAGGCGCCAUCAUUCAGCUGGCUACAGGGGAGCUGAAGCGGGUAGAGGACCUCCAAACCCAGGAUUUUGUGCGCAGUGCCGAAGUGAGUGGGGGGCUGAAGAUUGACUCUAGCACAGUCGUGGACAUACAGGAGAGCCAGUGGCCUGGAUUUGUUAUGCUGCAUUUUGUGGUUGGUGAACAGCAGAGCAAAGUGAGCAUUGAGGUGCCCCCCGAACACCCCUUUUUUGUAUAUGGGCAGGGUUGGUCCUCUUGCAGCCCUGGACGGACUGCACAACUCUUCUCUCUUCCCUGUCAUCGGCUACAGGUGGGAGAUGUCUGCAUCUCUAUCAGUUUACAGAGCUUGAACAGUAACUCAGUUUCUCAGGCCAGCUGUGCUCCCCCAGGCCAGCUGGGUACACCCCGAGAAAGACCUGAGAGGACAGUUUUGGGGCCUAGAGACCUAUGUGACAGCGAGGGGAAGAUCCAACCUUCAGGAGAGGGUUCCCGGGUGGGAGAGCCCUCCCAGCCUGAGCCUGGUGCUCAGGCCUGCUGGCCAGCCCCAGGCUUCCAAAGAUACAACAUGCAAGGGGAGGAGGCACGGGCUGCGCUGCUCCGUCCCUCUUUCAUUCCGCAGGAGGUGAAGCUGUCCAUCGAAGGGCGUUCCAAUGCAGGAAAAUGAAUCUCUUUCCCAGCCCAGGACUGGGGCUUUAUCCCCAGAGGUGAGCUUCAUGAGCAGCCAGAGGAUUUGCACAUGCCAAGCAGAAAAUGGCUCUCUUGGCAGUGAGAUUUGAGGGAAAUAGGAGGCAUAAAGACACCCUCCCAAAGCAGGAUCUGUUGCUCAUUAAUCACCUCAUGGCAUCCUUGUAGGACAGCCCUAGGGGGUGCUGAGAUGGGGAAUAGCAGGUUUGGAGCAAGAAAGGGUGGGAGUGCACAUAGGAUAAGAAACAUUCCAAAAUCAGGGCCUCCCUGUUGGUUUUUUUGUUUUGUUUUGUUUUUCCCUACUCCUUCCUGGCUCCUGCAAGGGAAAGUACAGGCUUUGGGAGCAGGUGGCAGAGGGAACAAAGAAAGAGCCAAAAAUGAUCCACAGCGUAUAGUAGCAGCAGUAAAACUGUUUUCUUUCUUUUUUUUCUCCCCUCGCCCUUUUUGUGGUAGGAGGGCAGGAGGCCCAGUGGUUGGAAAUGAGAAGGUUCCCACCCAGAACUCUUCUUGGGAGAGACGUGCACUUUAAAGGGUGAUUUUGUUACAGAUGUUUAUGGCUGGGUUUGGGGUUGGGGAGCACCAUGAUCUACAGAACUCUGCUUGAUCCUUUGCUUCUGCCUGUUCCCAUCUCAUCUCACCAUUCCUCUAUAAGGCUUUCUAGCUGUUUAGGGGCCAGAAGAGAGAGGAGGAAUCCCUUCAGGCUGAGAAUGAAGGACUUCCCCGCUGGGAACCCAGUCAGGGGGCUUUGUGGAAAAGACUUGACUGCUAGAUGACUGAGCCCUAGGGAAGGCUUUUGAAAGGUGGCUAACCUAACAACUCCCACUCAUCACGUCAGGCCUGCUUGGGCAUUUCACUGAGUCUCUAGUAGUAACUUUGGGAAGACCUGGAGGACCUUAUCCCCUAGGCACCUACACUCCUCCAUUGUCUGUCUAUGUUGUGCCUAAGUGCCUGCGCUGCCCCCACCCUUCUGCUGCCCUGACCUCUGCAUGGUGUCUUGAUCUGGGCCUCACGUGUAGCUUCACUGCCUUUGUCCACUAAGACCUCUAGUUUUUGGUGUCUAAGGGUCUCUGGUUUCCCUAUCAGCUAUAAUUUUUAUAUUUAGAAACUCAAAAUCAUGUCCUCUUUCACUGGCAGCAAUAUAGUGGAGAAACAAAGAAGAAACCACGCCCGAGGCUGGGCAUUUCCCAUUUCAAUCCAUUGCCUCUUAGCAUUUUGGCUUCUCCCGGCUAUGCCCUUCCACCAUCAGUUCUGAGAAUCUAGGAUAGUCCUUGUAACAUCUUAGCAGAUAUUUCCUUGUGUACUGGUGGGUUCUUCUACAAAGAGUAGUUUCCCUUUCCCCCCCUUUUUUUCUUUUUCUUUUCUUUUUUCUUUCUUUUUCGGUUUUUCGAGAUAGGGUUCUCUGUGUUAACAGUUCUGGCUGUCCUGGAAUUCAUUUUGUAGACCAGGCUGGCCUCAAACUCAUUGAGAUCCGUCUGCUUCUGCCUCCAAAGUGUGGGGAUUAAAGGCGUGCGCCACCACUGCCCAGCACAGAGUAUUUUCUGUCUUGGUUGUAUUCGCUGCCAUCUCCCUAAGCCCACAUCUCACCUACAACGUGGAGUGUCAGCUUGGACUGUAGGAUUCCAUUGGGUAUUAAGGUCCCCCCCCCAUCUUUCAGGUGGUUGAGUAUUUUUGUGUGCGGAAUUUUUUAAAAGAGGGAGUGUGUGGUUCUUUAGACUCUUGAAGGAAACUCAGGGUAUUGUCCACCCAGCUCUCUAGUUAGACUUCUCCCAGAGUAUGAUUGUGGCAUUUCCUUCAUAGAUAGACAUGGACUGGCCAAGGCUUGGCCCGUCAUCAGGGGUCCCACGCUUUUGAGGUAUGAGCAAAACUUAAGGCAAGUCUUGUGAUCUCUCGCUCUCUCACUUCCUCCCCAGCUGCCAAAUGGGGAUAAAUAAUCUUACCUACCUCCUGGGGGAGGGGAAGUUCUGAGAAUGGAGUCAUUCUUAGUGUUCAGGUGCUAAAGGUUGUUCUCUUCGGGAACAGAGUGACAGAAGCUGGCUGGUGUACUACGAGCCCUACGUUCUGUCUCAGACCUUGAGAACAGAUACCUGGUCAGCAAGCUUUUAGGGAAGCAUCCCAAGGAAGCUGCUUACCUGAUAAGUACUUAGGUCUCAGAGUUUGUCAGAGUUAGACACCAACCUUGUGCUGCAGUGGAGAUUGCAGCCUUUCCCUUCUCUUGCCCCCUUCUCUGAUUGCUGCUUCUCUGGCUUAUUUCCUACAGUGGGGGCCUGUGGGCUUGAGUCUUGAGGAAUUCUCUCAAAUAAGAGCUGUAGGAGAAGGCCUCCUCUCUGACUGUUUCAUGAGCAACUCAUUCCUAGAGAUUAUUGUGUGCAUGGAUUUCUCGCAAGCCCCCUUCCUCACAGGAAGGCUCACCAUGAGAAUUUAGUGACAUGCACUGUAGAUGCUCAAGAAAUGCCUACCAGGGGUACCACUGAGCUCCUUCCCAGUGGGGCCAACAUGCAUCUGGCUGUAGUUGCGGUCAAAUCACUCUGCUCUCUACUUAGACUAGCUGUAGCUUCCUAGCCUGAUAAUGCCCGCUGAAUCCUGGAAAAAGACAUUGUUGAGGGCUUUGACAAAGUGGGCACUGACUUUUCUGCUGUGGUUCUCUUCUGUCCCUGUCUGAUAAAGUCAUAACAGCAACUCCCUUAAUAUGGUGCCAUGCAUUUGUAAUGUGCUUUUGCUGAGCUGUGGGUUACCUUUCCUGAAGUGUGUGCCCUAGAAAAGAAUUAUUGUCAGAGCUGUGGCAGUACUUACCCUAAGUGUGUAAGAGACAUAAGUGGUUUUUAGGGUGAGCAUUUCAGUGGUUAGCUGUCAGCUUUUGGGGACUGGGCAGUUGACAAAGAUCAGCCCAUUCCUGGUCAGUGAUAGGACAUUCCCAGAACUUGGAGAAAGUUUUGAAACAAUAGGCCAAUAUGUAUUUUGAAAUACAUAGGCCAAUUUAGAAGAAGGGGAACUUGGUAAAGGAUGAUUAGUAAUCUAAGAUUUAGAUCAUCCUUAUUAAGACAGGAUGAGGGGAAGGGCUUGAGCCCUCAGGUCUCAGUGCUUAUACCCGAGGGAGGAGCCUGAGAAGAGCUAGACUGACUCUCCUUGCACUUAGGUCCCAUUUGGUCCUAACACCAUGGACUUGGCUCUGUGCUGCUUUUCCACUGCUAUUGUCUGCUCACUGUCUGCCUGUUGCCCAUUUUAGCUACUGUUCUUCAUGUCUUUGGCCAUGUAGAUUAAGCUCAGGCAUCCUGUCCACUCUUCCUCAUGUUCUGCCAGUGGUACUGCGUAGCAUUGCCAUGUGGAAUAGGGAUGGUCUGCAAGCUGUGGAUGGACUGGUCGGUCUGAAAGGAUGUGGCUUCAGUGUUGGCGGAGUCCAUUGGCUCCAAAAAUGUGCCUGUCUUGAGAGAGAAACAGGUCCUAUCAGAGACUGCUUUUUCUCUCCUUUAUGGUACUUUAUAGCCUGUUUUAAAAACAAGAGGAACCACGUUAGGGCUUGAGCCAGGAUCCUAGUGGCAUUCUUGUCCCAUUUUCUGGGGUUGAGAAAGGGUUUGAAGUGUCGCUGAAAUAGCUCCUCCAGUUAGGAUUAAUUUUCUUUUUACCAGUGGGUAUCAUACACAUUUUAAGAGAACAGGAUGGUGGCAUGAUUUAAACCUACAUUGAGUAAGCAUAUUGAGUGGUUGGUCACACUGGCGUGAGCUGAAAGUAGACAUUGGGAAAGGUUCAGGCCUUUGGAGUAAAGAUAACCAGAUUAAUUGAAUUGGCCAUGGGAGAUUAGGCCACAGUUCUAGAAGCAAACAGGACAGAGGCCAAGUUUUAGAGAGGUGUGUUGACCUUCUAGGAUUAAGUUUACUAAACUACACUGAAGCUAUAGUACUUUCUAGAUCAGAAAAGUUGUACACUACAGUCGAAGAGCUGAAUUCUAUUAUAGAUGGAUGUUAGCUUUUGCUUGGAAGCCUUCACCUUGUAACUUCCCCUGGAAAGGUCUCCCACAUUAUGCAAUAAUAAAAUAAGCAUCUGGGUCUUUGCAGCUGUCAGUUGUUUUUCUCAACUCUAGGAUCCAUCUUUGGACCGAAAGCCUGGUCUGGGCCUAGGAUGACACUGGCCCUUGAUGCUAGAGUAGUUUGCAUUCUCUCCUAACCUGCAGGCUAUGCAGUUCUUGGGGCAGAGGGAGAGGUGGUAUGGCUUGUCCUGUUGAGCUCCUCGGCAGGAAAAUAGUAAUAAAUGCACUUUUCACAUUGAAGGUUUCUUUAUUAGUUCUCCUGUUAAGCCUAGGGUCUUUCCCUCGUAGACUGCAAACUCAACAGUCUGUGUAACCCAAAGCCAUUCCACUGCAAACGCCUAGCAGUAAAGAUGGCCCCAGACUGGGUUCCUGGUCUGCAGUGUGUGUGGCAGCGGCCCAUGUGCCUUUACCUAAUGUCAGACUUGCAAGCGUUAGUCUGUCUUUAUGUUAGGGGUCCUAGGUACUUGAGAGAGAGAGAACAGAUAACACAGUGGUUUUAUGCCCACCUCACCCCCUGCCAGGGACUUUAUGUGUAGUUGUAAACUGAGGGUUGGUGAGCUACUGGUAUUGCUGAAGGCAGGGUGGACCCCUCAUUUGCUUCAUAUGUGCACUCAGUGAAUUGGAUUGGGGAAGAGACUGACCGUACUCAUGGCUAACUUGAAGUAUUAAAAUACGGCUGUCCUCCACACACUUCCUCGACAUACAGGAUCCCUGUAGCCAAACAGUAUAUGUUCCAGCUGCAGAGAGCAGACUGCUCUCAGCUUGCACAGCACCUUAGGGGAGGGAAGAAUAUAUGGAUAGGUAAUAGGGUGGAGAAAGGAUGGGAAUUUCGUCAUCCAGGUGGCUUUAGGGUCCUAAGGAGUAGAGAAGGAUGGCACUGGGGAGGUCUGGAUGGAUCUGAUUUGUGUAGGAGUUCCCUGUAGAUAAAUUACUGAUCCCCCAACCACUAUCCCCAGUAUGUAAUGGCUGAAUUAAUAUGUAAUCAACUGCAUUGUAUCUAAAGCCUUAGAACUAGUCAGGUGCUCCUCCCACCCAAUACCAUUUCUUACCCUCUAAUCCUACCUGAUCUUUAACAAAGCAUUAAUAAUUCUAAGGAUAAUCUCUAUUUUGUUGUGCUUUUUUGUAACUGUUUUAAAUAAAUCAAUUUGUACUGUAUAUUUGUACUUUUGUGAGAUCCUUUUUGCUGUUUUACCAUUUUAAGUCUCUGUACUUGGCUACACACAGAUUGUAUUUUUAUUGUUAAUGCUCUUCUUAUGGAUACCUGCAUUUAACUUGUGGACUAUGUAAACACAAUAUAUAUCAAUAUCUAUAUAUCUAUAUAUCAAUCUAUAUAAACUACUAGCUUUUC